UGCAACUGAUCUGGAAAUCCAAUCAGCCAAACGUUACAUUGUUGGUGAACUGACACUGGUUUUAUUAAGCUGGGAAAUGAGUGCUUAUAACAAUUUUCCUCCUCGUUUUUAAGUCAUGAGUGGGAGGAUACUAAGCCACCAAUGAGACACGAGAGACGUGGCUCGACGCCGGUACAAACCGAUAAAUCUGUGGAACGGUCGGCCAUGUCAGGAGCUCUGAACUACUUUGAGGAAGAAGAAGCAGCACCAAAGAUGGCUGUGUUCUUUCUGAAGGUGCUGCUGCUCUCGUCGUUGUGUGAAGCCGAGUUCAGUGAAAUCUCUCAGCCCGUUUCCGUUCAGACGCUGAAGCUCAGAGAGUCGGCCGCCAUCGAAUGCAGCAUGAAGAGCACAGCUCUGAACAGAGUGUGGUACAAACUGACGGCAGGAAGAAGGCUGCAGCCGAUCGCAACCGUUGACAAUCGGAACAAUCGGAGCGCAGUUGCUGAUGAAUUUGAAAACCGUUUCUCAGUUGAAUUUGAUGGUAUCAGCAAUCGCCUGAGGAUAUCGGCAACUUCAUGGGACGACGUUGGAACGUACUUCUGUGGAGAGAUGCACCGGGAUAAGGUUCAGUUUGGAUCGGGGACCUUUCUGUUUCUUGAAGGCUUGAAGCUGAGCAGCGACUCUGUUGUCCAGCAGCCAGAGACCCGCUCAGUUCAGCCAGGAGAUUCAGUGACCGUCAGCUGUACCGUUCAGGCUGGUCAGUGCUCAGCAGGACUCACCGCAGUCUUGUGGUUGAAAAACCUUCACGCCUCUCCUGCAGACAUAAUUUACUCAUCUGGAGAUAAAACCAGCAGCUGUAGGAGGACAGGAAGUGGAGAAUCAUGCGUGCACAAGCUCUUCCUGAAGAACAUCGACUCUGAUGAUGCUGGAACGUACCACUGUGUUGUGACUGCAUGUGGACACGUGCUGCUGGGAGAAGGAACCAGGAUUAUUCACAAUGAUGUAACGUCUCAACGCAUUUUUAUGGUCGAUCCCAACUCUGAGAUCUUCAUCUCCUCCAUCAUCCUCACCGUCUGCGCCCUGAGUGUUUAUCUGGGAUCCUUAGUCUGGAUCAUCGAUGAGACAAACUGCUGCUUUGGGUCUUGUGCAGGACUUUCACCUCCAUCCACAACCCCAGCAGAGGUCCAACAUGAGGACCAUGUCCAGACAACUCUGUCAGCCAGACAGAAACACUCCAUCUGGACUGAAUGUGUUUAUGUCAAUGCAGAGAAACUCAACUGAAGACACUUUGACUGCAUUUCUUCCAUAAAGUCAUAAUAAUGAUAGAUUUCCAUCAUUUUAUUACAUUUUUUUAAAUCUAAAUAUCACUGUAAAGAGCUCUAGUUCCUGCAUGGCCUUGCAAGUGUUCAUAUCCUUUAAACUGUAACCAUGACAUCAUGUUGCCUCUUAACAACAAAACUUCAAUAUAUGUUAUUAGAAUUUUAUGUAACAGAUCAACUCAAACUAGUGUUUAUUAUUAUCAUUAUUAUUAUUAUUAUUAUGAAAAAUAAUUCAUGCUUACCUUUUCUUUUUGCAUUACAUGUAUUGCAUGCAUUGCUCUUUAGCCUUAGCAUUAGCUGUCUUUCACUUGCUCCUUUCUUUUGAUUACAAAAGAAAAAGCUCCUUUCCUUCUGCCUGAUUCUUCAUUCUUCUGUUCUCCCACCUGAGCCGUGGAUCUCCGCUUCUCCUCCAGAGUUACCAUGUCUCUCUUGGCUCCCUUUCUUAUCAAUUCAACCAUUUGUU